AUGGAUGAACCAGCAAAUGCGAUCGAAUGGGUUGGGGUGCUGGCCAGGACGGUCCAAGCGUGCGCAGGGGUCCUCGGAGUUGCAAGGACGACUGAGAACGAGCAGGGCGAUGACGACGGCAGCGAGGGGGAUAGUUGGCGGCAACCUAGACCACGGCGCAAUCAUGAGAACGGCUCAACAUCACGACUGGCUACGAACCGUCAUGAGUUUGGACGUAUUGGACAUAGCGGCGCCACUUCACAGGGCAUCUUAUGUGGAUGGCCGCCUCCGAAGCUCAUUCACAGAGGAAAACUAGACCACUGGCUGCUACUUCUGUGUGGUUUUAUCAAGCGUAGGAUCGGUGGUCAUAUCAUAACAGCCAUCUCGAGCACGCCAAACGACCUUGCUCCAUCCCUAGAACUCUCGACGUCCCCCGGAAGCUUCGGCAAGUUUGCAAAGUGGAUAGCACUCAUGCCGGACCGUGAAACAUGCACUCACCAUGGCGGGGAGGGCUGUGUACAAGAUGCGGUCAAACGGCUACGCAAGGGCAGAUGUAGAGAUGCAAAGGGCAAUUACCAGAAAGAAGCCCAAUACAUUCGCGCACGGUGGGAAAACUGCCAUGGACUCGUCCCCAGCGAUUGUUCUGGCAUCAACUCCGUCGUCUAUGCUAUUUCGAUGGCGACGAAAGACGAGUGCGAGGCACGUCAGAAGGAGGACAUGUUACUAGCAUAUGUACCUGUAUUCCAAAUGCUACUCUGUCGCUACAAGGAGCCAUCUUCCUACUUUUGA